CCAUCACUAUCACCACCACCAUCGUACCAGUGCACAUUCACAAACUGCUUGAAAGCCUUCAAGAAGCUCAGCCAACUGCAGACGCACACUCGGAUGCACACGGGCGAACGACCUUACCCUUGCCCCUGGCCCGAGUGUGGCUGGCGGUUCGCUAGGUCCGACGAGUUGACCAGACACUAUCGAAAGCAUUCAGGCGAUCGCCCGUACGUCUGUGGCGUCUGUGGCCGAACUUUUGCAAGAAGUGACCACUUGAAGCUGCACUCGAAGAGGCAUGUC